AUGGUUUCGCGUAACUUCCUUCCUCUCCUCACCACCGUCCUCGCGGCGGUACGCUUCUCUCAAGCCGGGGACCCCUGCGCUGCGAUCGGCGGCCAGAAGUGGGUCGCGCCCUCGGACGUGCGUGCGUGCUUUUCCUCAAUCCCCGUGAACGCGACACAGAAGGCGAACAUCAUCGAGGUCGUGAACAAGACCCUCGCGUUCCACACUUCCGUCAACUACCAGAAGCAGGCCCCCGCGCCCUUCGCCUCUGACGUCCACGAGAACCUCCUCCAGGAUCUCGCCCGCAUCAGCAGCCGGAAGUACCCCAACGAUUUCGAGCUGCACAAGGACCUCUCGUACACCCUCAAGCGCCUCAAUGACGGUCACUGUGUAUACAUCAACUAUUGCUACGACUCGCUCUUCGUGUCCUAUCUCCCGACCCCCCUUACCUUCAUUACCGACGCCAAGGGCCGCCAAAGCGUGCAUAUUGCCCCUGAGGCGUUCAGUGUGGCCACUGCGGAGUUUAGCGACGAAAUCUCGGUCUGGCAGAACGCGCUCCCCGGAGCCCUCAAGGGCAAACUUGACUCGCUGUCCGGUGCCAAAGUCAUUGCAAUAGAUGGACAGGACCCCUUGAAGGCCGUCGAUGCUAACGCGGCGAUUGCUGGUAGCUUCCAGGGUCUUGGCACGCGUCAGAAUGCGUUCUUCUCGAGCUACCAGUCGGGUUCUUCGGGAUGGGUUUACAGCCUGGGCCAAUUUGCCCAGAUGUCGCUUCCGCUCAAGGACUCCGUCAAGUUCACAAUCCAGCGUGUGAACAGCACGAAGAUCGAGACGGUGACUCUUCCUUACCGCUCCCGUUUCGGAUCGUCCUCCGUCUCGUUCACGGACAAAGCGUCGUUCCUUUCCGGUAAUUGUCUCGCGGUCGACGGCACGAACGGCGCUUCGUACUAUGACACUUCCGCGGCCACCAAGCGCGACGACGUCGACCCAUCUGCGCUCCCGGCCAACAAAUUCCGCCAGGCGCCGAUGCCAGACCCCGCCGUGGAGCGCACGCACGCGAUGAACGUCGCUCUCGACGUUCAGCCGCAGGUCGACGUCACGCUUCCGCCCAAGCUCCAGCCCACGAACCCCCUCCCAGGCAGCGGGUCCGUCGUGCAGUUCUUCAUGCUCGACGACGGGAAGACCGGCGUGCUCGCGCUCGGCAGCUUCUCGGGUGACACGUUCUCGAACCUGAUGACCAACCUGCUCUCGGGUCUGCAGAACCUGAAGAGCCAGGGCGCGACGCAGCUCGUUGUUGAUGUGUCGAACAACGGUGGUGGGUACAUUUGCAUCGCUCACUGGCUUCACCGUAUCAUUGUUGGUCCCAAGUCAACCUCGGUUCCCCAAGCCGGGCUCGACACCAAGGCCCGUGCCGGCCCUCUCGCGCGCCAGGUUACGAAGGUGCUCAAUUCUGGCGGUGACCCGGACAACCUCGCACUCUACUCCUCCGCGAGCUGGAAGUUCGCGAACAACACUGCGAUGCCCGUGAACUACGACUGGCUUGAGCCCCCCGUCCAGAUCACCGUGAACGGCGUGCCUGACGCGUUCAGCCAGCGUCUCGGGCAGGAGUGCCAGCCGUUCGACCAGGACCCGCCGAGCGAGGCGCUCUUCGACCCCGCCAGCGUCGCGAUCGUCAGCAACGGCCGCUGCGCCAGCUCGUGCUCCCUGUUCAGCAUCACGAUGUCAAAGCUCGAGGGCUCCAAGACCGUCGUCUACGGCGGCCGCAAGGGCCUCACGCAGCAGUACUGCGGCACCGUCGGCGGCCAAUCGACCGACUUCUCGACCAUGGACUCGGAGAUCAAGACUGCGAGCCUGAAGAACAGUUCGCUUGCCCCGCCCGACUUCCUCACGAACAGCGUCCAGGGCAUCACCUGGCGCCUCGGCUUUGGCAUCGACAACACCGAGCAGCCGGAGGAGUGGCAGAACCACGCCGCGGACGUCGUCCUCCCGCUCACGCUGGACAUCGUCAACAACCCCGUCGCGAUCUGGAAGGCGGUCGCGAAGUCUGUCCUUUAG